AACAACCUAGGUAUCCUGUGGUCUGAAAGGGAUGAAAUUAAAACUGCGCAAACUUACUUGGAAUCUGCAGAAGCUUUGUAUAAUCAAUACAUGAAAGAGGAUGGAAAUCCUCCCCUGGAUCCCAGUGAACAUUUCAUGGCAGAAGAAGAAAAACUCACAGACCAAGAACGAUCCAAAAGGUUUGAAAAAGCCUAUACACAUACUCUGUAUUAUCUGGCACAAGUCUACCAACACCUGGAGAUGAUUGAGAAGGCUGCUCAGUAUUGCCAUACUACUCUUAAACGACAGCUCGAGUAUUGUGGCUACUACCCGGUAGAAUGGGCACUCAAUGCUGCUACUUUGUCACAGUACUAUCUCUCUAAGCAAUGCUUUAUGGAGUCCCGACACUGUUUAGCAGCGGCCAGUGUCAUCUUUAGCCAAGCUGGACAGGUGCCAUCUGCUGAAGACAAUGAAACGGAGCAAGACCAACAAGACCUUCGACAGAGAAAAGCUGAAAUUGCAAGGUGCUGGAUUAAGUAUUGCCUGAAUCUCCUGCAAAGCGCUCGGAAAUUACUUGAGGAUAACAUAGGAGAACUGGAUCCAGACAGGCAAUUGGAACUUAAAGCCCAAAGGAAGAAAGAGGAGGAUGAAAAAGAGAAGGGCAGGAAAAAAGCUGUCCUUUUUGGGACGAGCGAUAUAUGUGACUCUGUCUUAGCCAUGGAAGAGAAAGUGAGCAGCGUAUAUCCUUUAGAUUUUCAAGAAGCCAGAGAAAUCUUCCUAGUUGGUCAGAACUAUGUUCAGGAAGCAAAAGAGUUCUUUCAGGUUGAUGGUUACGUUACUGACCAUAUUGAAAUUGUUCAGGAUCACAGUGCUUUGUUUAAGGUACUUGCUUUCUUUGAAGAAGACUAUGAGAGACGUUGCAAAAUGCACAAGCGUAGAAUAGACAUGCUGGAGCCUAUAUGUGCAGACUUGAAUCCACAGUACUAUCUGUUGAUUAGUAGGCAGCUUCAGUUUGAACUAGCCGACACCUAUUACGAGAUGAUGGAUUUAAAGGUAGCUAUCGGUAACAGGUUAGAGGAGCUAGACUCCCACACAAUUAAAAAAAUUAAUUCUCUGGCUCAGUUAGCGAUCAAAUAUUAUGAACUCUUCUUAGAUUCUUUGAGGAACCCAGAUAAGGUGUUUCCUGAACAGCUCGAGGAAGAUGUUCUUCGCCCUGCGAUGGUGGCUAAAUUUCAUAUUGCACGACUGUAUGGUAAGCUCAUUACUUCGGAUAGCAAAAAGCAACUGGAAAACAUGCAGACAUCAUUGGAAUAUUACACAUUUCUGGUAGACUAUUGUGAGAAGUACCCAGAUGCUGUCCGUGCCGUUGAAACUGAACUAGAACUCAGUAAGGAGAUGGUGGGUCUUCUUCCAACAAGAAUGGAGAGGCUAAGAGCAAAACUCUGUCCGUUCAUAUAAAUACUUGCCUUGAAGGAAAUGUGCACUAUUAAAAUGAUAUCUGUCCAAACCACUGCUGUCAGACAGCUUCCGUACUGAUUGGUAGAACUAAGGUGUCAGCAGGUCGGCCGGGCACCUAGAGCCUGCGGUCGCGUAACUUCACGAGAAACUCGGAGCUCUCCGGUUCAGUAGCUCACCCACACUAAUGGUAUACACUUUAAAUGUAAAGUGAAUGUCCAGCUAAUGCUUUGUAUUGUUUGUCCUGUAUGUAAAUAUAAACCUUUUCUCCCUUACCGGUUUUUCCUUCAGCAUAUGGUUCAGUUUCUAAAUGUAGUGCUGUAUGAAAAUUGUUUCUUUUAAGAGAAUCACUUUAGGAAAAUUUUUCUAAGAAACCUGAGGCACGUUCUUCCAACUGGAAUAUAUUUUAUCCUUUCUAACCUUUGUCCCCAGAAAACUUUAUCCGUAUGAAGGGAACUUUAUGUUAUUUUCAGUAUUUAUUUUGUAUGUUGCUCAGUGUUUUCUUUUUUCCCCCCCUGUUAAUCCAAACCUAGCUGAUAGAGGCUCAAUAAAUGGACUAGCUUGGCUAAAUG